CAAAGCAUAUCAUUAAAACAAUCAAGGUGUAUGAUAUAUGUAAUAAUAAUCUCUGAAUAUUAUUUGAAGUCAGUUUCAACAAGAGAUAGUGAGAGAAACAAAAAUAAUGGGUUGUUGCCAAUCCUCUUUGUUCACAAGAGUAAAAGAAACUGAAAAUAAUCCUCUAGAAAAAGAACCACAACAACAACCACAACCCUAUCACCAAUUUCAUACCAGUAACAACACUUCGAACGAAACGGGGAAGGAUUUUUCAGAUCCUUCUUCGUUUACGUUCUCGGAAUUUUCACUUUCCGACUUGAAAUCAGCUACGAAUAAUUUCAGUUCGGAGUAUAUAGUUUCCGAGAGCGGCGAAAAGGCACCGAACUUGGUUUACAAAGGUAGGUUACAGAAUCAGAAGCGGUGGAUUGCGGUUAAGAAGUUCAGUAAAGCUGCUUGGCCGGAUCCGAAGCAGUUUGUUGAAGAAGCUUCCGGUGUUGGGAAAUUGCGUCAUGCUAGGCUUGCUAAUUUGAUCGGUUAUUGUUGUGAUGGUGAUGAGAGGUUACUCGUUGCUGAGUUUAUGCCUAAUGAUACUCUCGCUAAACACCUUUUUCACUGGGAAAAUCAGACGAUUGAGUGGGCCAUGCGGUUGAGAGUUGCUCUUUAUAUUGCACAAGCUUUGCAUUAUUGUACUUCUGAGGGUCGUCCUUUGUAUCAUGAUUUGAAUGCUUAUCGCGUUCUUUUCGAUGAGGAAGGGGAUCCGCGUCUUUCUUGUUUUGGUUUAAUGAAGAACAGUAGGGAUGGAAAAAGUUAUAGCACAAAUCUUGCUUAUACACCUCCUGAAUAUUUAAGAAAUGGAAGGGUUACCCCUGAAAGUGUAAUUUACAGCUUUGGAACUGUUCUUCUUGACCUACUGAGUGGAAAGCACAUCCCUCCCAGUCAUGCACUUGAUAUGAUACAGGGUAAAAACAACAUGCUCUUGAUGGAUUCUCAUUUGGAGGGAAAAUUUUCUACAGAAGAGGCAACAGUGGUGGUCAAUCUUGCCUCUAAAUGUUUGCAAUAUGAACCGCGAGAGCGGCCUAAUACAAAGGAUUUGGUCACAACACUUGCUCCAUUGCACACUAAACCCGAAGUUCGUUCUCACAUCAUGCUUGGAAUUCCGAAGCAAGAGGAAGCUCCAUCUACCCCACAACGUCCUCUGUCCGCAAUGGGCGAGGCUUGCUCAAGAAUGGACCUCACUGCAAUACAUCAGAUCUUAGUUGCAACACACUACAGAGAUGAUGAAGGGACUAAUGAGUUGUCGUUCCAAGAGUGGACUCAACAGAUGAGAGAUAUGCUCGAGGCAAGGAAACGUGGGGACUAUGCAUUCCGUGACAAGGAUUUUAAGACAGCCAUUGAUAACUAUUCCCAGUUCAUUGAUGUGGGGACGAUGGUCUCACCCACAGUUUUUGCUAGGCGAAGUCUAUGCUAUCUGUUAUGCGAUCAACCAGAUCCUGCUCUACGAGAUGCAAUGCAAGCACAAUGCGUUUAUCCAGACUGGCCCACGACUUUCUACAUUCAGUCAGUUGCUCUUGCAAAGCUGAACAUGCACAAGGAUGCAGCUGACAUGUUAAAUGAGGCAGCUGCAUUGGAAGAGAAGAGGCAACGAGGAGCGAGAGGUUCAUAGUUUUAUUGUAUACAGUGGGGGCUAAUUCGAGGGUGCCAAGUUCUGUAUAAAGGUUGAGCUGGGAAGCGAAAACUAACGUUUGAAUCCUGAAUUAAAAAAAAUGCCGAGAGACAAUCAACACUGGUGGAGUAGAUAGCACAUGCACUUUGUUUCACCAACUUAUAGGAAUCAGUUAUAACCUGAAAAACUGUGCUUAUGCACUACAAAUUGUGAAGGUGAUUUUUCCACUGUUGAUGAAAUUUAUUGUUUGAUGCCUACAGAGUUACUGUCAGAUUGAGGUUAUUCUAACUCUAUACUAGUCAAGGCGAUUGUGUUCAUAAUAUUUUUACUUUA